CCCCGUCCUCUCCCCGCCGACGCCAUGUUGUUUGGGGGCGGAAGUAGCGGAGCCCCGGCUCGGCCCCUUUAAAGGGACAGGGACGGUCCUAACCUUCGCGGAGUCCUUGGUGACUGGGAGAAGCGGCGGGCGCAGAGAGCUGUGUGUGUGAGACUCAAGCCCUGGGCCGGGGUGUCCGCUCCCUUCUCCUCUGCCCCCGGAGGAGAAGUCGUCAGUGCCCCGAGGCUCUGGGAGGCAUGUUCAGGAAUUCGGCAGCCAUCUCUGUGCACCUGGCGGGGUCCCUGCAGAGAAAGAAGGCUGGAGCUUCCCUCCGCCGGUGCUUGCACCAGACUCUCACCAUGGCCAAAAGGCUGCAUGCACGAAGGCUGGAAGGGAUCGACCACAACCCGUGGGUGGAGUUCACCAAACUGGCCAGUGAGUAUGAUGCUGUGAACUUGGGACAAGGCUUCCCCGACUUCCCGCCUCCAGACUUCGCCGUGGAAGCCUUUCAGCACGCCGUCAGCGGGGACUUCAUGCUCAACCAAUAUACGAGGGCAUUUGGUUACCCACCACUGACCAAGAUCUUGGCCAGUUUCUUUGGGAAGCUGCUGGGACAGGAGAUAGACCCUCUAAAGAACGUGCUGGUGACUGUGGGUGCCUACGGGGCCCUGUUCACAGCCUUCCAGGCCCUGGUGGACGAAGGAGAUGAGGUCAUCAUCAUCGAGCCUUUUUUUGACUGUUACGAGCCCAUGACAUUGAUGGCAGGGGGUUGCCCUGUGUUUGUGCCCCUGAAGCCGACCCCGACCCGGGAUGGGGAACUGGAUUCCAGCAGCAACUGGCAGCUGGACCCCACGGAGCUGGCCAGCAAGUUCACAUCUCGCACCAAAGCCCUAGUCCUCAACACACCCAACAACCCCCUGGGAAAGGUGUUCUCCAAGGCAGAACUGGAGCUGAUAGCCCGCCUGUGCCAGCAGCAUGACGUGUUGUGCAUCACGGACGAGGUCUACCAGUGGCUGGUCUUCGAUGGGCACCAGCACAUCAGCAUUGCCAGCCUCCCUGGCAUGUGGGAACGCACUCUGACCAUUGGCAGCGCUGGCAAGACCUUCAGCGCCACCGGCUGGAAGGUGGGCUGGGUCCUGGGCCCCGAGAGACUCAUGAAGCACCUGUACACGGUGCAUCAGAACUCCAUCUACCACUGUCCCACGCAGGCCCAGGCCGCAGUGGCCGAGAGCCUGGAGCGGGAGCAGCUGCACUUCGGCCAGCCCAGCAGCUACUUUGUGCAGCUGCCGCAGGCCAUGCAGCGCAGCCGUGACCACAUGGUGCGAAGCGUGCAGUCUGUGGGCCUGAGGCCCGUGAUCCCCCAGGGCAGCUACUUCUUCGUCGCGGACAUCUCGGACUUCAAGAGCAAGAUGCCUGACCUGCCUGGGGCUGCGAACGAGCCCUAUGACAGACGCUUCGUCAAGUGGAUGAUCAAGAACAAGGUGGGCGGGGCCUCUGCCGGGGCCCCCACGUAUGGUGUUACAGGCUGUGCACUGCUCCGGGGCUGACCAAGAAGCUAAGGGGCCACACUCCAGCCCAGCCUCUGCCAUGAGCCCUGGUACAGGAUGGCAAGCAAAGGUGGCGUCUGGGUUGGCAGAACGAAUGCCUGGCCUCCCAGGGGCUCAGUCUUGCCAUCUGUACAGUGAGGAGUUGGCCCAUUAACUCUGUGGUCAUCCAGCUCAGAGCUAUGAUUCUCAGGCUUAUUUCCUCUCUGGCUCUGCCCUGACCCCUCUCUUGGCCUCCAUGUCCUCUCUGCACACAGGAGGGACGUGGGAUGUUCUGGGAUUCUUUCCCUCUGACCUUGACAUAGCACUGGGGGUGCACAUUGGCGCGAACGCUCUUCCCCCACGCCAUGAAGCCUCUGCCUCCCGAGAGCCGGGGCUGCUGGGCCGGGAGGCCCCGCUGAGACACGGGCUCCUCCCCCCAAGGGCUUGGUGGCCAUCCCGGUGUCCGUCUUUCUACAGCGUGCCCCAGCAGAAGCACUUUGACCACUAUAUCCGCUUCUGUUUUGUGAAGGUAACAGGCAGGCAGGCUGUCGGAG